ACUGAAUCAACAACACACCUUCCUCUCUGUCUCUCGGGGUGGAACCUGAAAUAUAUAAUAUGAUUGAUGAUACCAACUGAGAUACCAGGGAAUCUCUCAUGAAGUGUUCCCUUUCGUUCCUUAUUGCACGUCUUCAUCGUAGUGCCUCGAGAAAUCCAACGACUACCUACCUGCUCCCAAAAAAGGCAGUGCAGGUUGAUCAGGACGAGUCCAGUCCAUCACAGAUCCACCGACAACAGCCCCUGGAUUACCGCUGGUCCAGUGCCAGGUUUCAAGUAUGUAUGUACAAUACAUACAACCAGCCCGCCAUUAGUCCUACUAUUAUAAAAAAUAUCGAAACAGGGGAGAUUAGGCAUGAUUUAGUCAAGAUACUGAGAGAAUUGUACCCCAAGACUCAAACAAACAGAGCUGCCGGCUUAUCUGAACCGUUGAUACUCGAUACACAACCGGACCUCCUGAAUGGUUCGGCUUGAGGACAUUUAAUUGUACUUCUAAGGGGUAGGGUAAGUAUCUUCACUAAGGUAUCAAUGUAUGUAGCUCACCAAUUCCUCGUUUGUGGCUGCCCUGGGGAUCUCUACCGGGGUCUGUUCA